GGAACAUUGAUUGCCGUCGGUUUCGCAGUUUUUAUCAAAAUAUAAUAUAAAAAUGUUUCGUAAUAUAAAUAAAAUUGUUCACUUACAAAAAGCUAACUUCGCUUCAGCUGCACCGGCUCCCAAAACGAAUCCUGAAAUUCUGUAUACAGGGCUAUUCAUAAACAACGAGUGGGUGAAGUCAGCUGAUGGGAAGACCUUCCCCACGGAAAACCCGGCCACCGGCGAAGUCAUAACUGAAGUCCAGCAGUCUGGCAAGGCAGACAUUGAUAGAGCCGUCCAAGCCGCCAAGGAAGCAUUCAAAUUCGGAUCACCAUGGCGAAGAAUGGAUGCCUCGCAGCGGGGACGCCUUCUCAACAAGCUGGCUGACCUCAUUGAGAGAGACAGGGCGUACUUAGCGAGUCUGGAGACCCUGGACAACGGGAAACCGUACCAGAUCGCAUACCACGUGGACGUGGGCAGCGUGAUCAACAACCUGCGGUAUUACGCCGGCUGGGCGGACAAGAACCACGGCAUGGUGCUGCCCACUGACGGCAAUUACUUCGCGUAUACCAGACACGAGCCUGUUGGUGUGUGCGGUCAGAUCAUCCCAUGGAACUUCCCGUUGCUAAUGGCGUCUUGGAAGCUGGGCCCGGCGCUGGCGACGGGCAAUACGGUGGUCAUGAAGCCAGCGGAACAGACUCCACUGACUGCGCUGUACUUGGCGCAGCUUGUUAAGGAAGCUGGUUUCCCCGCUGGCGUGGUGAACAUGGUCCCCGGGUACGGAGACGCGGGCGCGGCGCUCGUUGACCAUAAGGAUGUCGACAAAAUCGCCUUCACAGGUUCCACGGAAGUGGGUAAACUGAUUCAGCGCAACGCCGCUGGAACUGUCAAGCGGGUGACGCUGGAGUUGGGCGGGAAGUCGCCCAACAUUGUAUUCGCUGACGCCGACUUGCAAUACGCGGUCGACAAAGCCCACUUCGGCUUGUUCUUCAACAUGGGACAGUGCUGCUGUGCAGGAUCCAGGAUAUACGUAGAAGACAAGAUCUACGACAAAUUCGUUGAGAUGUCCGCGGAAAAGGCGAAGAAACGCAUCGUCGGCGACCCCUUCAAAGCCGAAACCGAACAGGGACCGCAGAUCGACGGCGAGCAACAACAGAAGAUUCUGUCACUCAUAGAGUCGGGCAAGAAGCAGGGCGCGCGGCUGGCGGCGGGCGGCGGUACUCUCGGCGACCGCGGCUACUACGUCCAGCCCACUGUCUUCGCUGAUGUUAAAGACGACAUGGACAUCGCCAAGAUCGAGAUCUUCGGCCCCGUCCAGCAGAUAAUGAAGUUCUCCAGCAUGGACGAAGUUCUGGAGCGGGCCAACAGCUCCGAGUACGGCCUCGCCGCUGCCGUCUUCACUAAAGACUUGGAUAAGGCCAAUCAUAUGGUGCAGGGGCUCCGCGCCGGUACAGUCUGGGUUAACGACUACAACGUAUUCGGCAACCAGGUGCCGUUCGGCGGAUACAAGGAGUCCGGUAUCGGCCGCGAGAACGGCCCCUACGGCAUCCGGAACUACACCGAAGUUAAGGCUGUCAUCACCAAAGUGCUGGAGAAGAACUCAUAAGAUAUCGGAAAUAAACGCUUUGUAGUGUGGCAAAGCGCCGCCCCGGAAGUGCGCCAUCUAAAUUUAAAACUCAAAGGUGACUCUGACUGACUGACAUAGUGAUCAAUGCACAGU